CAUGGACAUGUUCGUCAGGAUCUUUGCUGUACUGGAGCAAACACUGAGAGGAACCGACUGAUUGGAAACAAAACAACAUUUUUAGGUCAAACAGACAUAUCCUGUUCAGCCAUGGUUAGUGUGGAUUUUCGGUCACUCACCAAGCCAGUGGGCAUUUUGCGAAUAAUGUCAUCCAUCCUAACUUGUAUGUGUUUUAGCCUGGUGGCAACAGUGGGAUAUGUUCGAUCUUCCUACUGGUCAUGGUGCAUGUUCACCUGGUGUUUCUGCUUCUUCUUCACCUUUCUCAUCCUCAUCCUGGAGUUCAGCACUGUCAGUGCAAAAUUACCUUUUGCCUGGGAAGAUUUCACCACUGCCUUCGCUAUGCUGGCGACACUCAUGUGCCUUACAACUUCCAUCAUCUACCCGACCUUUUUCACCUGCAACAACUGCCAUCGCGCGAUUGGUGCCUCUGUGGUGUCCUGGGUCUGUUUCGGGGUGUAUGCAGGCGAAGUGGUUUUAACUCGCCUUCGUCCAAGAGGGGAGACCAUUGGGUUCCUCUCCACUUUGCCUGGUAUAAUGAAGAUGCUGGAGACAUUCAUCGCCUGUCUCAUCUACACAUCCCUGGAGCCCAGACAGUUCCACACCCCAGGGCUGAGGUGGUGCGUGGCCGUGUAUUGUUUGUGCUUCAUUUUUGCCAUCUUCAUAAUCCUGCUCUCCCUUGGACAGCUGGCCUCUUUUUUUCCAUUACCCUUCGACAAGGUAGUGAUUGUCUAUAACAUUUUGGCAGCAGUGAUGUAUACAACAGCUGUGGUGAUAUGGCCACUGUAUAGUUUUCGUGACAAUAGCAGCUGUGGCGCUGUCCCCUGUCCCCAGGAAAAACUGGUGGUGGUCACCUUUAUGACGAUCUUCAACUGGAUUGUUUACACCCUGGACAGUGCCUACUCUAUACGUCUUGUGUUCUGUGUCCGUGACCAGUGAAGGCACUGCCUUAUCAAAACUAACUGAGAGCAAAAUGUAUCUAGGUUUGAAGUGAUAUGAAAGGAUUUGUAUAGAACUGUUCCAGAGUCGUACUGUAAACUUUAAGACUCGUUAGAAAGGAUGUAAAGUUAGUUAAUGAUUAAAACUGUAAUAUCACUGUCAUAAAAAAUAAGGAAUGGCCUGAUGGAACUUUGGAUCCUGAUACACAAAGAGUGAUCAAACAGUCCAGGUAAUAAUACUGAGCUCUUAUUCUAGUUUAUUACACUGGGUUAUAGUCAAAUUAUGACUUGCUCAUCUCGUCAUUUAUAGAUGCUGCAGCUUGUUGAUCCAAGGAAGCAGUUUCCAUUUUGGGUAAUAUGCUUCAAUGUCUUGUAGAGAGUAAAUUGAUACCACUAUCUUAUGGUAAAUAUGUCAGAAAGUUACUUCACCUGGCCAAGAAAUAGCUGUUUCGCAGAGGUAGCUUCACAU